GCAGCUACUGGGAAAGAAAGGUCAUUCUGGAGCAAGUUUUGCUUUUUGAUUGGUUUUUGGAAAAAAAACUUGUCCAGAAUAGAUGAAAACCUGAGUGGGGAAGCCUGGCAGGACUCAGGCAACCAUGCUCUCUUCAGGGAGGGGCAGAGCAAUAGCAUACGCAGGAAGAUUCCUUCGCAUCAUUCCCCUUGUUUAGCAAACACACCUCCAGAUACCAGCAAUACUGUUAUCUGGCAGGAGCACUUCUCUAAACCCCUUCAUUUAUUCUUAAUGGCCAGAACAAGUUUUUAUCAAAAAUACUCUCCCAGAACGAUGUUUGUUUUCAAAAUACAGCUCUGUUUGGCUGGCUGCACUGUCUUCAUCGGCUGGAGCAACAUAAAAGGGCCAAUCGCUUGGCUGAGUAACUCAGAUCUCUCCCCAAGGGAAGCGGCACAGGGUCCAGAAGGAAGGCGAAGGCAAAAGGUUUGCAGUCAUUAACCUCAUGCUCUAUUUGUUCAGUGCGUGCUGCGAGGUGAGGAGACAGGUCUGUCCACAGGGGAGAAGCUCCAGGUAGUGAGAAAACACGCCGUGUAUCUCCGUACAGCCAGAGGUAAGAGAUUUGGGAUGGGACUAGUGAUGUGAAACAAACCCGUAAGGCAGGAGAAUGGGCUUUCUCAUCAUCCCAGCUCAAUGUCCGAAUGCAGCCGCUCUGGAUCCUCUCUCAGGAGAACUCCUCUCUGUGUGUAUUGUUCAUUUUUGACACAAAGGUUUGUUUUGCUGUACCUGCAUUUUGACUGAAAAUCUUGGACCAGCUCUGGGAAGUGCCUAUGUUACUUAACCAGGCUGAAGAAGUGGGAUGCUUUCAUUCUGCAGACAGGAGCCUCUGUGAUGGGCCUGUUUGAUGCAAGUCAGCAAUGUAAUUUAAAAUUUCGAAGUGUUAAAGGAAAAAUUAUUUUGCAAAUUGUCUCUUUUGUCCAUGUUUUACAUUCCCAAAGCACCACUUGGAAUAUAUCAACAUUUUCAAAAUAGGUUUUGCUUUAGUGAAUGUGUCAUCAGGAAAUGCAGAGUUCCCGAAGAAGUAUUAGGUUCAGUGAAAUAAUAUUGUCUGAUUUUAGCCCGUUUUGCUGUCCUGUUUCAAAACAAGAGAUAUGUUAGGAAGGAACACAGAGGGCUCUGUAGCUCUGUCCCAGAUGUGGGCAUCUGUGCCAGUGUGAAUGCAAUUCAAACCAUGGUCUCAGGAUUGUGGCCCAUAAAUGAAAACCAACAAAUUAACCAGCACCGUGGGAAAGUGCUUUUCUAUUUGGUUUGUCCACUGUUAUUUUCCUUUAUUUAUCCAUGCAAUCGGCACGAGCCCCAGAGCUAAGCAAAGCUCCUUAUGUACAUAACUGCAACACUUCAUGGCUGCCUGCUCUCCUGCCUUAGCUCUCCUGGUGCAAUGGAGGACACGUCAAGACAGAAGUCAGGACAGAGCAAAGACGCACUGUGCUCCCCAACGCCAGAAGAGCCUCCUGCCAAUUUUAUACAUGUCAAAUUGGAGGAAUAUGAGCCUGCAGACUUCAGUACCAAGGAAAUCAUCCUAAAGAAAGCCAGAGAGGUCUGCACAUGCAAUCAUCAAACCAUCAUCACCUUCUUCUGUCGGCUGUUCCCAGUGCUGGACUGGCUUCCCCGUUACAACAUCAAGACGCAGUUGCUUGGGGAUGUCAUAUCUGGGCUCCUGGUGGGGAUAGUCGCCAUCCCUCAGUCCAUCUCCUACUCGCUGUUAGCCAACCAAGAUCCUAUCUAUGGAAUCUACACCAACUUCUUCUGCAACAUUAUCUACGUUAUUAUGGCCACUUCGCGCCAUAACUUUGUGGGCUCCUUUGGCGUCCUGUGCCUGAUGAUUGGGCAGUCUGUGAACCGGCACCUCCAGCUAGCAGGGUACAGCGACAACAGCGCUGGCUCUUCGCUGGUGGACAACUCCACCUCCGCGAGUAACGGGACGAGUGCCUGUGACAGGAGCUGCUACUCCAUCACUGUGGCCCUUUCCUUAAGCUUUCUGGUCGGUCUUUACCAGAUCCUGCUGGGGGUUUUACAGCUGGGCUUUGUGGCUGUCUACCUGUCAGAACCUCUCCUCAGUGGCUUUGUGACCGGCUCCAGCCUCACCAUUAUCACCUCCCAGAUGAAGUAUCUCCUGGGACUGAAAAUCCCUCGUCAUGAAGGGGUAGGGUCCUUCAUCCUCACGUGGGUCGACCUUUUCAGAUACAUCCAGAACACCAACAUAUGUGACCUGGUUACCAGCCUGGUUGCUUUGGCCAUCAUAGUGCCUGUCAAAGAGAUCAAUGACCGGUAUAAGGAGAAGAUGAAGGCCCCGUUCCCCAUAGAGCUGCUGGUGGUCAUUGUAGCCACAAUAAUAUCUUACUACUUUAACUUUGAAGAGCGAUACAAGUCUGAUGUUUGUGGGGAUAUCCCCACUGGUUUCAGGACUCCCACUCUACCAGAUAUAAACCUGUUUUCCAGCCUGGCAGUUGAUGCUGUGCCCAUUGCUAUUAUUGGCUUUGCCAUGACCGUCUCCCUGGCAGAAAUCUUUGGCAAAAAGCAUGGGUACACUGUCCGUGCCAACCAAGAGAUGAUUGCCAUUGGCAUGUGCAACCUCAUCCCUUCAUUCUUUUACUGCUUUGCCGGCUCUGCAGCCCUGACCAAGACUUUGCUGAAGGAGUCCACGGGGACACAGACCCAGAUCUCUGGCCUGGUCACCUCCCUGGUGCUGCUGCUAGUGCUGCUGUGGAUUGCCCCGCUCUUCUACUCACUGCAGACCUCCAUCCUGGGGGUGGUCACCAUUGUCAACCUGCGGGGGGGCCUGAGCAAGUUCUAUGACACCCCCCGCAUGUGGCAGCUCAGCAAGCUGGACACGGUGGUGUGGUGGACAACCAUGCUGUGCUCCACGCUGAUCACCACAGAGAUUGGGCUCCUCGUGGGUGUCUGCUUUGCUUUGCUCUGUGUCAUCUUCCGCACGCAGAGACCCAGGGCCACGCUCCUGGGCAAGGUCAGCAGCACAGAAAUCUAUGAGGACCAGUCCACGUACAAGCAGCUCAGCAGCAUUGCCAACAUCAAAAUCUUCCGCUUCGAGUCAUCCCUCUACUAUGCCAACAAGGACUAUUUCAAGACUGUUCUCUACAAGAAAACAGGGGUAAAUCCUGUCUUGCUGGCUGCUAAGCACCAAAGGGUGGAGGCCCAGGCAAAUGCAGACACAGGAAACAGAAAGGGCUUUUUUGGCACCAAGUUUGACUGCCUGAAACAAGCCAAGAAGAGGUCUGGGAAGCCUCCAGCAGAUGCCUGUCCUCCCUCCACAGAUAUGCACACCCUCAUCCUUGACUGUGGGGCGAUGCAGUUCAUAGACACUGUGGGUCUCUCAGUGCUAAAGGAGACACGUCAUGACUAUAAGAAGAUUGGUGUCCAGGUGCUUCUGGCCAACUGCAACCCUUCCCUCCGCCACCGGCUCCGGGAGGGAUGCUGGGCUGGCGAGGCAGACAGUGGUGGGCAGCUGGCUUUCCACAGCAUCCACGAUGCCGUGCAGUUUGCUGAACGGUGGUACCAUGUCCGGCAGGAAGACAGCAAGGAAAAGGAUGCUCUCCAGGCUGCUGAAGACCUGAACCUCCAGGCGUCUUUGUAGAGCUGUGUGCGAGGACUGUUUCCUGAUGGG